GCUACCUUAAGACAAGUGAGCAGGGAACGAAAACCAUGAGUACCGUUUCCAAGAAUUCCUUGAAGAGCUCCCUGCUGCAUCUAGAAUGUCAUUUUACAUGGACUUUGCUGAAGCAGGAUGUGGAUCUCGAUGACCUACAGGAAACAAUAGGCGAUCAGAUUGAGUUUUUCAUAAAAUCCAACAUCACAAAUUAUAAUCUACUGUCUUAUGUAUGUCACCUAAAGAAUUCAAAUGAGGAAGCCCUGAGAAAUCUCCAAAAAGCUGAAGAAGAAAUUAAAAAAAAUCAUCCAGAUGAAAUUGCCAGGAGAAGUCUUGUUACCUGGGGGAACUAUGCCUGGAUCUAUUACCACUUGGAGAGAUACAAAGAAGUUCAAACUUAUUUAAGCAAAGUGGAAAAGAGCUGCAAAACACUUUCAAGUUCUGCUCAGUGGAAGAUUCAGCUUCCAGAGAUCUAUGCUGAGCAAGGAUGGGCAUUAUUAAAGUUUGGGGGAAAAUACUACAAGAGAGCAAAGAAUUGCUUUGAAAAUGCUCUGAAGAAUGAACCCAAUAACCCGGAAUUUAAUGCUGGCUAUGCAAUAGCAAUGUAUCGUUUGGAAGAUUUUUCUUACAGACAGUGCGAAGAUGUAAUCCCAUCCCUCAUGUCCCUGAAGCGUGCAGUGGAACUGAACCCAAAGGAUACUUACAUUAUGGCAUUACUUGCAUUAAAACUUCAGGACUUAAAGCAAGUUGAUGAAGGGGAGAGGUACAUUGAAGAAGCAAUGAAGAAAACCCCUGAUCUUCCUUAUUUCCUGCGAUAUGCUGCUAAAUUUUACAGAAGGAAAGGACAAGUGGACAAGGCACUGAAGAUUUUGAAAAAGGCCCUAGCAGUGACACCAAAAUCUGCCUUUUUGCAUCACCAACUAGGAGUCUGCUACAGAGCAAAGCUGUUGCAAUUGAAAGAGAGUACAAGAUGUCCAUCUCAAGAGCAAGUGGAGGAACUCAUCCAACUUUCCAUUUUUCAUUUUAAAACAGCCACUGAUCAAAAGACAAGUUUUUUUCUUGCCCAUACUGACCUAGCAAAGAUGUAUGCAGAAGGAAAGAGGUAUGAAGAAGCAGAAGAGACAUUUCAGAAAGCAUUUCAGGUAAGUGAUGCAUUCUAUGAUAGACAAGAUCUCUACUACUAUUAUGGCAAUUUUAAGCUUUUUCAUAUGAAAUCAGAAUCUGAAGCCAUUAGGUAUUUCACAGAAGGGUUGAAAACUGAAAAAAAUUCUUAUGGAAGAAAUAAGUGCAGAAGUGCUCUGAAGAAAUUGUUGGAACAGAGAAUUCAAAGAGGUUUAGGAGAUGCAACAGAUUUUGGUACACUUGGAUUUAUUCAUAAUCUAGACGGUGAGAAACAUGAAGCAAUUGACUGCUAUGAGAAAGCCGUUGCAUUGUAUCCCGACAAUGAAGAAUAUCUGAGUGCAUUAUGUGAGCUACGACUUUCCAUCUCAAGCUAAAGCUCCCAAAAAUCCUUCACACCAAAAAAUACCCCAAACCCAAGGACAUUCAACAGACUCUCAAAAAAAAGUUUUUUUUGUUGUUAAGGUUGAAAUUAUAACCAGAUGAAACAUCUGGUGGCAUCACUUUCUGGUGAUAAUGUAGAAACUGAAGAUGAUGAUUGUUCAUUUGUUUGUUCAUUCACCAACAGAGAGCAUGCUUGGAAAGACUAAAUAAUAGCUAAGCUAUCUCAGUCUUCAAUGCUAAUGCUGGUGCAAAGGUUGUGUUUAAGCUAUCAUCUAUAGAACACAGAACUUCUAAGCUAGAAAUCAGAUCUUACCUUCUACUGAGAAAAAGAUAAGGGAAUCAUAUUGUAGUAUUUCGUCUAUCUACUUGAAAGGUGUGCUUAUACAACAAAUGGAAUUUCUCAUGCUUUUCCAAAUAUUUUAAAAAAGUCUUUUUUUAGUGUUAUUUAGAAGAAACUUUUGAUGCAGACUUGUUCAGUUUACUACUUUGUAUGUUGUUUAACUAUGAAAAAUAACCACUG